AUGAUUAAUAGGUUAAUUCAGAGGAUUGUACCUUUUUCAAGACCAUUAAGCACCGUGAAGAAGACGAUGUUGACACCCUUUUUGGAAUCCAAGAGACCUCAGCAGUCUCCUGAGUACGACUACUCCACUUUGUCUAACUACAAGAGUUUUCAGAUCAAACAUACUACACUAAACUUCUUGUUAUCGUUUGAGAAAUCUACUGUCUCUGGUGAUGUCGUGUUUGAUUUGACUACUCUGAAAGAGGCUGUUAAGCACAUUGACCUAGAUACUUCCUACUUGGAUGUCAACGAGGUUCUUGUUGAUGAUAAGCCUGUAGAGUUCAAGAUUGAAGAAAGAAAGCAACCAUUGGGUUCAAAGUUAGUUAUUGCUGCCGAAUUGGAAGCUGAAAGACAAUUCAAAUUGAGAGUUAAGUUCAGUACUACUAAGGACUGUACAGCCCUGCAAUGGUUGACUCCACAACAGACAUCGGGCGACAAGCCUUAUAUGUUUUCUCAGUUAGAAGCCAUUCAUGCUAGAGCAUUGUUCCCAUGUUUUGACACACCUUCUUACAAAUCUACAUUCACCGCCAAUAUCGAGUCCACUCUUCCAGUUGUUUUCUCUGGUAUUGCCACUGGUUCUACACCAAAUGGUGAAUCCACUGUUUACCACUUCAAGCAAGACAUCCCAAUUCCCGCUUAUUUGGUUGGUAUUGCCUCAGGUGAUUUGGUCUCUGCAUCAAUUGGCCCACGUUCAAAGGUGUACACUGAGCCUCACCGUUUGGAUGACUGUGUCUGGGAAUUUUCUAAUGAUGUUGAGAAGUUUAUCAAGACCGCUGAAAACUUGAUUUUCGAUUACGAAUGGGGUACCUAUGAUAUUUUGGUUAAUGUUGACUCUUACCCAUACGGAGGUAUGGAAUCCCCUAAUAUGACCUUCGCUACCCCUACCCUUAUUGCUCAUGACAAGACAAACAUUGAUGUCAUUGCUCAUGAAUUGGCUCACUCAUGGUCCGGUAACUUAGUCACUAACUGUUCCUGGAACCAUUUCUGGCUAAAUGAAGGUUGGACAGUUUAUAUUGAGAGAAGAAUAGUUGGUGCCCUACACGGUGAGCCAACCAGACACUUCAGUGCUCUCAUUGGUUGGUCCGAUUUGGAGAACUCCAUCAAUUCGAUGAGAAACCCAGAGAAGUUCUCUACAUUGGUUCAAAACUUGAAUGACGGUACUGACCCAGAUGAUGCUUUCUCUACUGUGCCUUAUGAAAAGGGUUUCAACUUGUUGUUCCAUUUGGAAACUGUCCUUGGUGGUCCUCAAGAAUUUGAUCCUUUUAUUAGACAUUAUUUCAAGAAAUUUGCUCGUCAAUCUCUUGAUACCUUCCAAUUUUUAGAUACUUUGUUUGAAUUCUUUGAGAACAAGAGAGAAAUUUUGGAGAAUGUUGAUUGGGAAACUUGGUUGUUCAAGCCUGGUAUGCCACCAAAACCACAAUUCAUAACUACUAUGGCGGAUAAUGUUUUCUCCUUAGUUAAUAAGUGGAUUGUCAAGGCCCAAGAAUUGAAAACUACUGAGGAAUUCUCUAAGGAGUUCAGUGAAUCAGAUCUUUCAGAGUUCAACUCUAAUCAAGUUGUUCUAUUUUUGGAAGAGCUUGUAGCUCAGAACUGUGUACCAGUUGAGAGCAAGAUUGAAUGGUCCAAGUAUUCAGUAGCCUCUGAAAGCUUGCUAAGUAUUUACAAGAAGCAAGUUACAGAGUCUCAAAACGCAGAGGUUGUAUUCAAGAACUACAAGUUCCAAACCACAGCCAGAAUCCAGCCAUCCUAUCAACAACUAGCCAACUGGUUGGGUACUGUCGGUAGAAUGAAGUUUGUGCGUCCAGGCUACAGAUUGCUAAACGCUGUCGACCGUGAUCUUGCCAUUGCUACGUUCGAGAAGUUAAAGGAUACUUAUCAUCCAAUCUGUAAGCAAUUGGUCAAGCAAGACCUUGAAUUGUAA